AAAACAUAACAGUACAAAAUACAAACAUAGAUUAAAUAUAUUUAAAUUUUAAUCUAUGAUACAAAUUACAAAAACAUUACAUUUUCACCGAAACACCGUAAGCAAAUUUCCAAAAAUAAGUUAUUUCAAAUGGCUCAUCAUUUCAAAGAGGAAGAUAUCGAUGAGUUCAGAGAAUGUUUUUACCUGUUCGCCAGAGAAGGUACCAUCAACAAACUGGAAGAACUCAGCACUAUUAUGAGGUCUUUGGGAAUGAGUCCAACAAUUACAGAACUUAAGAAAUAUUUUUCUGAAAACAAUGGAAAAUUACAUUUUCCGGAUUUUCUCAAAGUAAUGCAUAAUCACUGUCGCGUCGAAAAAUUACCUGAUGAAAUUUUAGCUGCAUUUAAAGCUAACGAUCGUUAUCAUAGUGGUACUAUUUAUGGGAAACAUCUUAAACAUUUAUUACAAGGAUGGGGAGAACGUUUAAGCAGUAGAGAAGUUGAACAAAUUUUUCGAGAAGCCAACGUCAACCCAAAUGGUAAAAUUAACUAUGAUGAAUUCGUAAAAAUUGCUUGUGCGCCUAUUCCAGACUACUAUUAGUUCAGUUACAAAAUAUGUGUUUCUUAAAGAUGUAAGACGCCGUUGGUGCACAGGCGACAUCUGCGACGGGCAAACUAUUGAAACUAUUAGAAACUAAUACAUUUUAUCAGUUUCUAUCACUAGUAAUAGAAAGUAAAUGGUGUUUGUAUUGUAAUUGGGCCUUUAAAAUUGUGUUAAUAUGUAUAACAAUAAUAUAAUAAUAAUUAGUUGAAAUUUUGUUAAUAUU